AUGGCCUUUACUGGAGUGCUGGCUGAUGCUGAUGUGAACGCAGCUAUUGCUGCCUGCGAGGCUGCUGACACCUUCAACUACAAGGCCUUCUUCAGCAAGGUUGGUCUGGCCUCCAAGUCUGCCGAUGAUGUUAAGAAGGCUUUUCGCAUCAUUGACCAGGACAACAGUGGCUUUAUUGAGGAGGAUGAGCUGAAGCUGUUCCUGCAGAACUUCAAGAAAGGUGCCAGGGUACUGACCGACAAAGAAACCAAAGCCUUCCUUGCUGCUGGCGACAGUGAUGGUGAUGGCAAGAUUGGAGCUGAGGAGUUCGCUGUUCUUGUAAAGUCUUAA